GCCUCCCCGCGUAGAAAAAGCAGGCGGGGAGCACCGUCUCGCGGUCUCGCGGUAGCGGCGGGAUGGAGGUUCCCGAGGGGGGUCGCCGGGCCGAGGCUCCCUGGAAGAAGCUGUCUAAGGAGGAGCUGGAGAAUCAGUACAGCCCCAGCAGAUGGGUCAUCCGACUGGGAGCCGAGGAGGCCCUGAGGACCUACUCACAGAUAGGGGAUGAGGCUACUAAGAGGGCCCGAGCCACCAGGAGGAACCUGCUGCAUGUCCCCUACGGAGACGGCGGGGGGGAGAACCUGGACAUCUACUUUCCCGAGCAAGUGUCUGAAGCCUUGCCUUUCUGUGUGUUCUUCCAUGGCGGGUACUGGCAGAGCGGAAGUAAAGAUACAUCAGCCUUCAUGGUCAACCCACUGACAGCACAGGGAGUGGCCGUGGUGAUAGUGGCUUAUGACAUAGCCCCCAAAGGUACCCUGGACCAGAUGGUACACCAAGCGACCCGGAGCAUCGUGUAUAUCCAGAAGCAGUAUCCACGCAACGAGGGGAUUUACCUGUGCGGACACUCAGCUGGGGCCCACCUGGCCGCCAUGAUGCUCCUGGCCGACUGGACCAAGCAUGCAGUCGCACCCAACCUCAGAGGCUUUUUCCUGGUAAGUGGGAUCUAUGACCUAGAGCCCAUCGUGUUCACCUCUCAGAACGGCCCUCUCCUCAUGACCCUGGAGGAUGCUCGGAGGAAUGGUCCACAGCAGCUCCUGGAGGCGGCCCUGACGCAGCCCGUGGAUCCCGCCUGCCACGUGCUGGUGAUCGUGGGCCAACACGACUCCCCCGAAUUCUCUCGACAGUCCAGGGAAUUUUAUCAGACACUGUGCAGAGGAGGAUGGAACGCCUCGUUUGAAGAACUCCACGAUGUGGAUCACUUUGAAAUCAUCUGGAAGCUAACCCAGGACGACUACGUGCUCACCCAGAUGAUUUUGAGAACAAUCCUCCAGGAGCCCUGACGGCAUUGGACCCCCACCAGCGGGCACCCCGAUGGCGAAGCUCCCCCCCCCCCAGACCCCGCAGGCUUCCCCUUCCUGCCAACCUGGCCUCUCCCCAC